UCAGACGUGUUCUUGCUGCUUUAUCGGUUUUAUCUUUAUUUUCAAGCUUUAUUUUAGAAAUGCCCAAAGUACGUCGCAGUAGAAAGCCUCCUCCUGAUGGUUGGGAACUUAUUGAGCCGACGCUAGACGAACUAGAUCAGAAAAUGCGCGAAGGUAAGCCGCUGAUACUUGCUCUUCGUCAUUCAUACUGUUCGUACUCGUUGAAAAUGUUCGAUAACCGAUGUGAUUAAAGACUGUCACAUUUAUAUUUCUUUGGCGAUGAUUAAUGCUCCUUUCUUUCCAUUCAUUAGCUGAGACAGAACCGCACGAAGGAAAGCGAAAAACAGAGUCUUUAUGGCCCAUAUUUAGGUGAGUAUUUAUAGUUACUAUGUUUGUAUAUAAAUUUAAUACUGACAAAAGCUUUAUUGAGAUACCGUUUAUAUUAUUGGCUCUUUGACUGUAGUGUGAAAAAUGCUUAAGCUUAUUUGGUUUGUUUUAUUUUGCUUUCCAAUCCAGGAUCCAUCAUCAGAAGUCUCGCUAUGUUUAUGACCUUUUUUACAGAAGAAAAGCAAUCAGCAGAGGUAUAUAUUAUCUUUUCUUUUCUGAUUAAUUUUUUUUCUUCCACUUGCUUUUGUUAGUUUUUGCUGUGUAACUCAGAAAUUACUGAUAUAGAUACAUGGGUACAUGUUGCCUGAGUUUUGGCCAUCUCCUCAAGUCACAAACUUUCAAGAGAAACAUUUGAAUUAAUGGGCCCAUAAGGCCAUCCAGAAAUGCCCUCACCCCAUUGCUUUACAAUCAAACCAGGAAAACCAGCCACACACAUCAAGUCUGCGGAUGGAGUUGUUUUCUUUAGACUCAGUUGUUUUGAUUAUAGUGACUUCAAUUGUUUGCCAUUUUCGUAUUCAAGGUCGAUUUUUGGGAGACAUAUCACAGACAAGUGUUGAAAAUAGCAUUUUGGAGCCUCCAAAUUUGAAAAUUUUCUGGGGGAGAAUACCCCCAGACCCCCCCCACAAGGUUCGCACCUUCGGCAAUCACAAUAAUGCCCCCCUCCAUUAUAAAAACACUAGCUACGGCCCUGCUGCAUGCAGUAUUCUGGACAGAUCGGGGCUCAAAGCAAGAACAAAAUACACACUCGAACACAUCUUUCAACUGACCCUAAUUCAAAAGCUAUUUGGUCCACAAACAAAGAUGCAAGUAAAGACAGUGUGGUGGCUCAACACAAGGUUGUCAAAUUAUCUCAAAAAACUGUAUCACAAUGGCCUAAUGGAAUCAGCAUCGAAACCACAGAAUGGCUCUUACUGAAAACCUACCAUCAUUCUGUAUUGAUCCUUCAUUGGUCGGUACAUCUGUUUAUUUAUUUAUUUUCAGCCACCUGAUAAAUGCAUAAAAUGCCAAAUAGGUCAUUAAUUGGCUGCCAAUAAACGAUCUCUGUUAACUGAUCAAUUUUUUUUCUUUAUAGAGCUGUAUGAAUACUGUCUCAAAGAAGGAUAUGCUGAUAAAAACCUCAUAGCAAAGUGGAAGAAGCAAGGAUAUGAAAACCUCUGCUGUUUAAGAUGUAUUCAGUGUCGAGAUACAAACUUUGGCACCAACUGUAUCUGCCGAGUUCCCAAAGCCAAACUGGAAGAGGUAUGUCUUUGAAGUUAGUAAUAAAAUGACUUAGAAGGCCACCAGCCAUGGUGUUAAUGUAUAUGUUGCAGUUAAUUUUUUAUCUCAGGUAAUUUUUGCUUUUCUUUUGUUUUUGGUCAUGGUAAUAUAUGCUAAUGAAGUUGAAACAAAGAAAAAUAAAAAUUACCUGAGACAAAAAAUUAAUGACAACAUAUAUAAACAUUCUUUUCCUCUACUCUUUGUCCAAUUCAAUUCGAAAAAGCUAUGAUUUGAUUCUCAAAAGAAAUAAAAAAAAUAGUGGGCUUGGACAUUUAUGUAAAAUUAUACUUUAUUUUUACACUCAUUGUUUUGCCAACUCCGGCCGCAAAUAUCAAGAGUUAGACGAGGUGGGCAGAACAGAAAGGUUACGGCAGUCAUAGAUAUUAAAUGAAAAAAGAAGCUAUGAGGAUUAUUUUAAAGUAAUGUAGAUGCAGAUAAAUAAGAAUAAUAAUUAUUACAACAAACAAGCUAGAGUUACAAGACAGUCUUACAGAAUGGAAUAACAAGGCAAAUUUACUAAAGAACUUAUCAAUUAUUAGUGCAUUAAGUCAUGGCUGCAGAUUUUGCAAUUUUUUGUAGCAGAAUGGGCACUUAAACAUAAUCAUCUGCUGUUUCCAUUAUUGAGAGCAAUAAGUCAUGAAAAUGUUUUUUAAAAUUCAAGUUUGGAGAGUUGACCAAAUUCGUUGGGAAUUGCAUUCCAAAGUUUGGAAGUUUGGACAUAAUAAUUUCCAGACAAAGAAAACCUGAAUGAAUUUGUACACCAAUGAAAUCCCUGGAAUAGCCUUGGAAUUAGCCUUAGAAAAUAGCCAACAUUUUGCAAUGUCAUCACUGCUUUCCCUGUGAAAUGACGUUUGAGAAGCAAGGGCAGAAAUUCCAUACUGAUGAUGCAUCACUAGUUCCCCCAGAUCAGUAUAGUGCUUCUGAUUGGUCAAGCUGUGUGGGAAAUUUGCUUCAACCAAUCAGAAGCACUACCAAGAACUGGGUAGUGACACAUCAUCAGUAUGGAAAAUAAACAUGAUGUUUCAGAAAAAGUGAAAUAUUUUGCAUACAAAAAUGUAUACAGACCCAGGGUAAAGGCAAGAGAACUGUAGUGAUUUGGGUUGAAAUCUUUGUUUCUUUUCAGGGAAAAAUUGUUGAAUGUGUGAUAUGUGGAUGUCGAGGAUGUUCUGGUUGAUAUACAUAUUAACAACAGAGGAUUUUCACAGAAGAUCAAUCCGCUUUAAAAGCUGUAAUUUCAGUAUUCUGUUUAAGAUACACA